GCGAGGAGGCUGGAUGAUUACCCGUGAAGCCCUCUCUAUGAGGCCGAUCGGGGUAGAGGCGACUCUCGCGGCCGAUGGGAGACAGAUCAGGGCCGACGAGAUGGAUAUAGGGGCGACAGAUACGAGAGAUCGGACCGAGAUGGAUAUAGGGACGACAGAUACGAGAGAUCAGACCGAGACGGGUAUAAGGACGACAGAGACGCGAGGUCGGGUCGAGAUGGCUACAGAGGUGGUAGGUAUGAAAGAGGAGAUCGGGACUGGGAACGACGAGAUGGGUUGCGCAGACGGUUUGAGCGAGGGGGAGAUGCGAGAGAGCAGCGCGACGAGUCGCGGGGGUGGUACAACCGAGGGGACCGACGCGACGAGUCACGAGGGCGAUAUGACUCAGGGGACCGCCGGAAUGAUUCGCGAGGGCGGUAUGAGCAAGGAGGGUCUGGAGGAGACCGGCGCAACGAUCUGCGCGGUCGGAAUGAGAGAGGGGGAUAUGGCGUCUCAUCAGAACCAUAUCCCAAGUCGCCUGACCCCAAGGCGGCCAGGAGUUCGAUCUCUAGAGGCGCAGACGACAGGGCAUCUACUCCCAGGAACUCAUGCGUCUACUGUAGAGGAGAAGAUCAUAUCAAGAGGGGUUGGCCGGACCUCAAACGGGCAAUAGAUGAGGGACUUGUCGUGCUUGACGACCGCAAGUACGUCAAGUGGGCAGAUGAUCUGUGAAAUGUAUCGAUGUUCCCUUCGAUGAAGGAGAAUGUCGAAGCAAGGAGAAUAAAGACGAGUAAAGAAAUGGAGCCGGU